GGAAAUAACAGAACUGUAGACAGAUUGGUUCCGACGGAUACUGCCCUUGAUGUUGUAAUAUAUUUGCGCUCUCUGACCCUUGGAUGGAACACUGUGGGGUUCGCUUUCACUUUCACUUUAAAUGACGUUAAAUGUUGAUUUGGAUAAACAAGGUGCGAUGCGUUUCUACUCGUUGAACAAUAACACCAUGAAGAAGUGUAAACAUUUAAAAUCCAGCUUCAGAUUGAAAAAUGUUUGGUACGCAUUCCUCUUUCUUACAACAGGUUGUUUUAUUGGGAUCCUCCUCACAAGAUAUGGCUACGUUUUAGAAAAGAUCGACGUCAAAGUAACAAUUGUCGGUGGAAAUAGUACCAAUGACUUGUUCCAUAGUCCGGAAGUGGGCACGGACAAUAACAAUACCAAGUUUCGGGUGCCGAAUAUUGUUCAUUUUAUUUGGUUCGGAAAGAAUAGGGAGAUGACAUUUAUUCAGAUGGUUAGUAUUAUGAGUGCCCAUAAGAUACAGCAACCCGAUGUGAUAAUGUUCCACUGUGAUUUUCUUCCAUCGGGAAAAUACUGGGACGAAUUGAAGAGGAACAUACCGAUAAAAAUCAUCCAUCGUGACCAACCAAAAGAAAUAUUUGGUCAAAGCAUUCUGCAUGUCUACCAUAGAGGCGACAUCGCAAAACUACAAAUUCUGCAAGAAUUUGGUGGCAUUUAUAUGGAUUAUGAUGUCAUAAUGGUAAACAAAAUGAAUCAGUUGAGGAGAUUCGACAUGGUCAUUGGCCAAGAGAAACGGAAAAAGUUCAAUGCUGGGAUUAUAUUAUCACACAAAGAUGCUAUUUUUCUAAAACUUUGGUACGAAUCAUACAGGAACAAUUACCGAGCCUUUGACUGGGAUUAUAAUUGUGGCCGGUUACCAUAUGGAAUAUAUUUGGAGAGACCUGAUUUGCUACACGUUGAACCCUACAAAUUCACCACGCCUGAUUGGACAGAGCGACAUCUUUUGUUUAAUGAGGUUAUCAAUUGGAGAGAGUUGUAUGCGAUACAUUUAAUGCUUCAUUUAGAUUGGACAAAAUACACACCCGAAACAGUGAAAACGUUGAAUAACACAUUCGGAGAAGUAGUUCGGUAUGUUUAUUAUGGCGAUUCUAAAGUCAUACAAAAUUAGUUGCAAUAAUUACAUGAAAAGGAUUUACAUGGAUAUAAAGCCUACCUUACACCAGCUACAGGUAAAAUUGACAAAGACAGGGAUUGGAAUUAACUUGAGAUUACUGAGCAAAGCCACUUUGGUUGUUCAACUUUGUGAACACAUUCUCAGGCAAAUCACAUCCGAUAUUUCGAGGCCAAUAUCAAGGAAACAUUCAUUGAACGCUACAUACUUAACAAAAUAAGGCUCAAUAGCUGAGAGAGCAUAUAUCAUAUGUAAUAUAUACUUUUAGAACCACAUUUUUAAUAAAUAAGUUACUUUAAUAUUUGACAACAAGUGAUACGUAUUGACAUUUACGUAGCCAGGAAGAAAAAAGCUACGAGGCAAAAAUAUUUCCAAACCUCAUCUCGCUUGCCUGGCAAUAGAAGAACACGAUGAUAACCCUUACGUAAUGAGAUUGUACACAAUAUUGAAUCAAAAGUUGAUGACUUAAGAUCAAUUAAAGCUAUACAAUUAACUUUACAACUUGUCACUGCUAGAGUAAUAUUUCUCAAUGGAUGUGAAAAAAGACGAGGGGCCUAAUCCUGACUACACUAGAGAUUGAAUAUAUGUGUUUAACCUGAGGGAUGAUUUGCUGUUGACCUUGGCCAGAGUUAUGCUGACACCCGCAUACAAUCCCAUGCGAUUUUUAUUAUUCUAU